GCGCCCUGGCCAAGUUGGCGCUCCUCAGCCGUGCGUCACUGACGCUCUGCUGAUCUGAGCCACAAGUACUGGGCCACCAGUGGGGAAUGUGCCGACAGUUGGAUUCACUUUGGGAAUAAUGGAAGCCCCGAAGUUCGCAGCUGUGAACCUGACGGCGGAGCCGGCGUUCCCGGCGCAGCGGCCGUGCGAGGAAUGGAGGAGCGGUCCGGAGGACUCCGUGUUCCACCUCGCCAACAUGUUCCUGUUCUUCGGCUUAAUGGGUGGCAGCGGCUUCUAUGGGCUCAUCUACCUGUUCACCUUCCUAGCUCUGGGCUUCUUCUGCUCAGCAGUCUGGGCUUGGUCGGAGCCCUGCACCACGGACUCGUUCCUGUGGAGCCUCGCGCUCUUCGCCGCGUGUCUGGGACAGGUCCUGUACGUGUCUUACAAGCUGCGGAGUGUCUCCCUCAACCAGGACUUCCAGGAGAUGUACAGCUGCAUCUUUAAGAAACUUGGGGUUUCGCUUAUCCAUUUUGAGAAGAUAGUGGCCUCCUGUGAUGGAGACGUGCACGCCUUGGGGAAGGACCACUGCUUUGCCGUGGAGGGGAAAACCGCCAUUGACAAGCUGUCGUUGCUCCUGUCCGGCAGAAUCCGAGUGACAGUUAAUGGAGAGUUUCUACAUUACAUUUAUCCUUUCCAGUUCCUGGAUUCACCUGAGUGGGACUCUCUGAGACCAUCAGAGGAGGGGGUCUUCCAGGUGACCCUUCGUGCUGACACACCUUGCCGAUACGUUGCAUGGAGGAGGAAGAAACUUUACCUGCUUUUUGCCAGGCAUCGGUACAUAGCCAAGAUAUUUGCCCUGAUUGUCCGCAGUGACAUAGCAGAGAAGCUGUACUCUCUCAAUGAGAAGGCUUUGGAUAGUUCCAGGCACCACUAUGAUCUCCGAUUACCAAGUUUCUGUCACAUGCCAGGGACUAAAUUAGAAAAGACAAAUGUCCUGCAAGUGCCUGUGCAGGGUGCGAGGACUGCUUGAAAACACACACUUGAAGUUGUAAAUAUUUAGAGAAAAUAUGCUGUGUGUAGAAAAUAGGUUUGGUUUUGUAUAUGGUAUGGAUAUGAUAGUGAUUGUAUGAACUCUGUACAGAUUAGAAUUAAAAUAGAAAUACGUCAAAUUGUUUCUAUGCUCAUUCUUGGGUGAAGGGAGACAUCAAGAAAUCAGUUAGUUUUUCAGUGUGUGUGUGUGUUUGUGUGUGUUUAAAUGGUUUAUAUAAUUUAUUGUGCUGAAUAGGUAGUUGCUGGUAUGCGGAUAUUGUAACAAAUAAAUUAUGCAUUCAUGUGUUAUGCUUUGUGUAUUUGUGUAUAACGCCUACUGUAUAAAAACAUUGACUAACUUACAAUUUGGACACUGCAGCCAAUAAAAAAAUAAAUGUUGGAAAUUGUA